AUGGCGAUUCAACCAAGCCUCAAUGUGUCUCUGAAGCCCUCGUUCCCUAGCCAAAACUUCUUCCUUAAACCCUUCGAAGAAAAAGCCUCAAUCUUUGCAAGGCCACCUUCACACUCGUACUCCGAGUUAAAACGACUAAGUCGCCACAGUACCAGUCAAAGGACGAGAAUCUUCAAACUAUCCACCUCAGCGUCAACUUCGUCCGCUGAAGCAGCUGUCGCCAAAGACACUCUUGCUGAUGAUAAUUUCUCUCCAAGUCCCCUCCAGAUAAAGAGGUACUUUCACACGCACACACACUCUAAGAUUGGGUUGGUUGUGAAGCCAACGGAGAAGCCGAGGUUAGUGUUGAAGUUCAUUUGGAUGGAGAAGAACAUUGGCAUUGCACUUGACCAGAAGAUACCAGGACAUGGCACAAUCCCGUUGAGUCCGUACCACUUCUGGCCGAGGAAAGAUGCUUGGGAAGAGGUCAAGGAGUUACUUGAAAGCAAGCCCUGGAUAUCUCAGAAGCAGAUCAUCAUUCUCCUCAAUCAGGCUACGGAUAUCAUUAAUUUGUGGCGGCAGAGUGGGGGCAAUCUAGCAUAA